AUGUUUGAGAAAAUUCUUUAGCGAAUUUUAUUCACAUAUUUUGGUAAAUUCAUCACAGGCUUCGAUUAAACCAAUUUACAAUUAGGAAUUUGGAAUGGAAACGUAGUUAUUGAAAAUGUGGCGUUGAAGUAGGAAAUAUUAGCUGAUUUGGAAUUACCAUUAGAAUUGAAAUUCAGUUCAAUAGGCAGACUAAUUUUAAAAAUACCCUGGAAUAAAUUGUCAUCUGCUCCUGUUGAAGUGGUAUUAGAAAAUAUUCUGAUUGUAUUUACUCCCAUGCCUAAAUAACAGUGGAAUAAUGACGAUUCUAUAUAAAUUAAAAGACAAUUUACUAGAUUAUUGGACAAGGUCAAAUCGAGCAUUAAUAUUAAAAGGAAGGAUCAAAGAGACAAUACUGGUUAUUUCGAGAAAUUAACCUUAAGAGUGAUUGAUAAUCUGUAGAUAUCUCUGUAAAACAUUCAUUUUCGUUUUGAAAAUUAACGCUAUUCUUGGGGUAUUAAAAUGGAUUCGCUGACAGCCUUGACAACUAAUGAAGAAUUUGUUGUUGCCUUUGUAGAUAGAAGCAAUAAGGACACAAAGUUAGUGCCAAAAAAUAAAUUAAUAAAGUUGUAGUAACUACAAUUGUAUUGGAAUUCUAAAGAGACAACUUUUAUAUCAGAUGAUAUCGCUUUUGAAUAACUCACAAAUUUCGAUUAAGUCAUUUAAAUUAGUGCAUUAUGUAAGUUGAUAAUAAAUCAUAAGGAGAGAUUUGAUAAAGCCAAUUAUCUUUUAGAUGUGCAAUUGGAAGAAAUCAAUAUAAACAUAAAGCAUACUCAAUUAAUUUAAAUAAUUUAAUUUUUGGAAUUGAUCUCAAAUAAUGAGAAGAGAGUUUGGUCGCAUAAAUAAGAUAUAAUGCUAUCGGAUAUCAAUAAAUAUUAACAAGAAUUUUGUGAUGUCUUCCUUUUGUUUUUGAAGAAUGAUUGGAAAGAAAUAGAGCAAUUGGGUGAUGUGGAUCAAAUACUUCAAUUUAAACAAACAAUUAGAUUAGUUCCUUUUAAAUAAUUGGAAUCUUGGAGUCUAAUAGCAUAAAAAAAACAUUUGUUAGAUUUGAAAGUGUAAGAGUAUCAAAGACAGAAAUAAAAGAAGGGGUGGUUCAAUUUUUUUGGUGGAUAAACACAAGAAGAAGUUUCUGAUACUGAAUUAAAAUAAUUGGAAGAGUUUAUAGACAAUGAAGAAACAAGUUUAGUGAGUAGACCAUCUGAUUCUUUGAAGUUAAAAUUCAUUGCCAAGUUAAAUAAGGCAUAGAUCCAAUUAAUUAAAGAUAAUAAUCCAUUGUAGGAUGAAGGAAUUGUCAAGUAAUUUGAAUAUAUUGAAAUAGAGUGGGCUUAAUGCGAGAACAAGGAUUUUGCAUUUUCUACAAUCAUUAAAAGCAUCAGUUUGUAAUUGAUAAGAAAUACAUAAUUUGAAGUUAUUUGUUAACCCACCUAAUAAACAAAUGAGUUUUUGAAGUUAUCUAUAACAUAAACAACUACUGCUGAGAUUUGCAAACUCGAUUUUAGAUUCCUGAUGCAGAGUUUAACAAUUAAUUAUAAUCCUGGUAUCAUUAGGAUUAUAAGGGAAAUCACAGAAGUCAAGAAAGGAGACUAUGUAGAACAGACAUUGAAAACAGCCACAUGGAAUUAAAUAGAGAAAAUACAAGACACAACGGAAUCUACAUUUAAAAAUGUUUUAUAGUCAAACAUCCAAUUAAAAAUUGAUGCUAAGAUUUUGGAACCCAUUUUGGAGUUAUCAAUUAAUAGUAAUGAGUUUUGGCUGGUCAAGAUGGAUAGCUUUUACAUUCGUACCACACCCAUUAAUCCUGAAGAUUUAUAUGAGAAUUUUGAGAUCUCUAUUAGCAAUUUCAAGUUUUUAUAUUAUCCAGAGAGAUUUGGUAAUCAAACAUUGCAGAUCUUGAAUGAUUAUAAUCUUGUAGUAUAAAUCUAAAGAUUGUAGAGCAUCCAUAAUGAGUUAAUAAAUAAUGACAAUACUCCGUUGGUUAUUGCUUAAGCGAAGUUAAAUGAAAUCAAUGUUAUGAUAAAUGAAAAGGUCUACAAACACUUAGUUUACUUACCUGAAACAAUUUAUCCUAAAUUGUCUGAGGGAUAGAUAUUAUAGUAGUUACAAUUAGAGAAAUAGCUGAUAUUGAAAUACAAAGUCAAGGAUGGGUUUUUGAAAAGGUAAGGGUAGCUCAUUAAGACAUGGAGUAGUUAAUAUGUAGUGUUAAGUAACUUUGAUUUAUAUUUUUAUGAUUAAGAGAAAAUUCUAAUGGCAAAUUCCCAAAUAAGUCUAUUUAAUUCUACAUUAAAAUAGUUGCAAGUGGAUGAUUAAUUAUACUCUUUUAAGAUAAGAAAUAAAUCGGGAGAAUAUAUUUUUGCUUGUGAGAAUCAAGUUGAAUUACGAGAUUGGAUUAAGAAAAUAAAAUUGUAAAUAGAAUAGUAUUAAUCUUACUAAGAAAUUAAAUAGAAAUAAAAUGAAUAAAUAAAGGUUAAAUAAAAUGACAAGAUGUAAAUUGAUAUAUUAAUCAAUAAAUUACAAUUGAAAUUAUAUAAGGAAAAUAAUUAUCCCAGUGUUAAUUAAGAGCAUCUUUUAUUUUUGUUUAAAUUAAAUAACUUAAAGUUUUAAACUAUUAAAUUGUAGUAAAUUUAACAAAUAAUCUAGAUCAAAAAUUUAUCAAUUUAAGAUUGGAUAUUCGAUUAUCAAAAUACUUAAUACUAGGAUUUGAUCAUUUUGAGUAAUUAGAUUGAAAGUCAACCUGCUUUGAGAAUAGACAUUACACCAAAGAAGCAAAAGAUAUAGGUGGAUCAGUUGCAAAUCAAUUGGAAACCUGAUACUUUUUUAAAGAUCAAAUCACUAUUAGGAAUCAUAUCGGAUAGGAAAUCAAGAAAAUGGUAUUUUGCAGGACUUCGAGAUUUUGAAGCAGAACAAAUGAAUAGAGGAAAUAAUUGCGAUUAGGAAUAGAUUAAAAAAAAUAAGUUGAUUGAUGGAUUAAAAAGAGAAUGGAACAAGUGCCAAAGAUAUGGUUAAUCCAAAUUGAAAGUGAAACAUAAGUUUGAUACAUUGAUUGAUCAUUAGAAUUUCCUGAAUGAUUAUCAAUGGGUUGAGAAUGAGAUUCUAUCAUCAUAUCAAAUGAAGAGCAGCAAAGACACACUCAUGGAAUUAGAGACUUCUAUAAAUUUCAUAUCAGUAAAUUUCUUUAAUAGAACCAGUCAUUGUCUGCUCUUUAAAUGCGAAAUGGACUAGGUCUAAUUUACUUUUAAACAACUAUAAUUUAGUUAAUAUUUGGAUACUCAAUUGCAAGAUUUUAGUCUUUAUGAUAUGACAAACUAUCCCUUCACUAUAAAUAGCAAUAGAGAGUUUGAUUAGAUCAAGCCAUAUAAAUUAAUAGGGAAGAGAGAUAUUUAUGAUGACUGGGCAAUCAGAUUUAGAUUCAGUGGAUACGAUGAAAUAAUUAUAGCCAAUCAAGAAAGAGUAAACACUUUCUUGUUGAUUGAAAUUAAUCCCAUAUUUGCUUGUUAUCAAAAUUAACCUUUAAUGAGACAAAUUGAUUAUAUAGUUAAUCAAAUAGUAACUUUGAUCAGAGAACCUGAGUCAUUGACUAUGAAUACAGAGUAUAGUGAAUAGAGAAGAAUGAAUAACAAAAAUUUAAAAGUCAAAAGAGUCUGGGGAGACGUAGAUCUAAUUUAGUCAAAGUUCAUUUGCCCAACUUUUAUUGAUAUAAGAAUUGUGCUUACUAAACCAUUGAUUAUUCUCAAAGGGUGGCCUGAAUUUUAGGAAUAUUUUUAAUUGGACUGUGAUGUGUUGAAAAUUUAUAAUAAAUAAGAGGUAGAUAUGAGUAGAUUAAUCAAAGGAGGAGGUAUUGAACUAAUAUAAUCAAAUGAGUAAUGGAUGCCUGAUGGUCGUAUCAAAGAAGCCUGGAAUGAGGCAUAUUGUAUUGAAGGACACAAUAUGUAAAUUCAAUAUUAUGAAAAUGGGGUCAAUCAAGUCAGCUCAUUAUUUGAAUUUAAUUUAUCCUUUGAAAGAGUUUUGUAUUACUUUGAGAUUAAAGACUUAUAUGAUAAUGUAGAAAUGGAUAGAAGUAUCAAAAUUAGAUCCUGUAUGUCCCCUAUGAUUUUGAAAUUAUACAGAAAGGAAUACUUAGAAAUUUGUAAAAUGAUAUUUCAUAACUUUACACAUGACGAUUUUAAAGAUAAAUUAUACAUUCAUGAUUUUGACGUGGUUAAUUAAUUUGAACCUGCUCCAAUAUCAUUUUGGUUGGAUUUUGAAAAUCUCUCAAUAUUUGCUUUGAGCAAGAAAUCUGAGUAACCAUUGGUGUAAAUCAACAUGAAAUAAAUGAGACUAGAGUGGCUAAAAGAGACAGAUGUUUAUUUGAACUUAUUUAGUCAAUGGAUCAGUAUGUAUAACUAUGAUAAAUUCAAUAAUGAAUUUGGGUUUUUGGGAGAAUUGGGUUAAAUCCCAGAUUCAUAGAAACUAUUCCAAGUCAAUCAAUUGAUUCAAGGUUAUAAACCAAAAGAGUAAAGAGAACCAUUCACAAAGUACAUUUUCGAUGAAAAUUUCAACAAAUAGUAAUGCUAAUUUUCAAUGAUAUUUCAUAUUCAAAAGCCUAGUGCUGAUAAGAGGUGCCACAUAAAUUUAAAUGAUGUGAGAAUGAUAGUGGAACCUACAGUAUUUACGAAUGUGGGUUUGUGGAGUAGAUUAGAAUAAUAGUGUUGGCCCAUUCAAACAGAAUUUGGAGAGAUGCCUAGUAUCACAGUAAUCAUUAAGAUCCUGGGUUCUAGUUUAUGUUUUUAAGGGUUGGACAGUCAGUUCAUACUUGGAACAAAGGGUGACAUUUCAUAUGUUUGGAAUAGAUGUAGGUUUAUGAAUCCAGAGCAAAUACUUAUAAAUUUGAAGAGAGAUCAAUUAGAUAAAAAUUAAGUGGAAAUCAUUGGAGAUGCCUUUGAACAUUAAGUUAAUUUAAAGAAUCUGGAAUUUUUUAAAUGCAAAUUUGUGGAUUAUAUCAAUUUUGAUCUUAAAACAGUGAGAAAAAGACAAAUCAUAAUGCCAUUCUCAUUAUUUUUAAGUCUCAAAAAUGAGUUGUAGGUUGAAUUUAACAAGUAGUUUAUCUAUUACAAUAAUAAGCUUUCAUUUUAUAUAGACAAAACAAUAUGUAAAUUUUCAUAUUAAGAUUUCCUAUUAAUGACUAGUAUUUCUGAUAAAUUGAAAUCAAGCACAUAGAAUAUUAUUCGUGAACCUAUUUAUUAAUAGGAGGAGAUAAUAAAUUAAGAGUAGCCAAUCAAUGACUCAUAUGAUGUUAUCAUAAGUGGGUUACAAGUUGUUGUGAUAAAUGAUGCAGGAGAGGUAUAUGUCCCAGUCUUUGAUGUGACAUUAUCAGAGACUCAGUUAUAGUUUUAAAAAAUCAAUUAGAAGUCUAUAUAUUCUACGAUCAUUAAAUUAAGUAGUUCAUUUUACAACCCUAAAAUUGCUGUUUGGGAACCAAUCUUGGAGAGUUGCAAUUUUUCAGUUGAUGUCUCUUUAAAUCCUAAGGGAGAACCUCAAUGCAUCAUCUAUUUGGAAAUGACUUAGGAAUAAGAAAUUUUGAAUAUCAACUUAUCUGCUCAGAUGAUCAGUGUAUUUCACAAAACAUUCAUAUCCUAGAAAUAGGAGAUGGAGAUAUCGAACAUUCAGUAAUAAUAGAUAUUUUAAGAUGACAGAAUAGAUAAUGUUGAUUAUGUUUCUCCUUACACCAUCAGAAAUGAAACUGGAUUUGAACUUGAAAUCAGUGAUACAGCCAAUAAAAAUAAGAAGUACAUAUUGGAAUCAAGUUCAUCUAUUAACUAUGAGAUUGAUGCUGAUUUUGAUCAAAUCUUCAGAAGAGAAAGAGAAGACUUGCAAUAACAAUAAUAAAGAUUGGUUACCAUAAAGGUUAUACAUGACACAUAUGAGUUUGAACCAAUAAAUCCACUAGAUCUAGAUUGCAUCAAGGUUACCAGAUGUCCAAUCAAGCCAAGUAAUAAAUACACCGAUAUGACUUUUAUGCUAUUCAUGGAAGUAGUGCCUAAAGACACUAGAAAGUUGCUUUUAAUUUCCUCUGAAAUAAUUAUCUUCAAUCAAACUGAUAGACUGAUUGACAUAAAAUUAUUUGAUAUGCCAGGAUAAAUAGAAUAAAAUAUUUUUGAAACGUAGAUUGCACCUUAUAGAGCAUUUAGUGUGCCAAUUGAUAGAACUAGACAAUAUUUCAAUUUCAAAUUUAACGGUCAUUAAAAAUAUUGCAAUUACAUCUAUUUAAGAUAUUUAUAAGAUAAUUUUGAUUAGAAAUAUGAGCAAUAGCAUAAUGGUUGUUAUACAAUUAUUAGAUGUUCUAAAAGAAAUGUAAAUUAAACUCUAAUUUAUUUGGAAUCUCCAUUUUAAAUCAAGAAUUGUUUGCCAGUCCCCAUUUCAGUUGAAUUGUAUGGAGACUCUGAACAAGACUUAUCAAAUGAUGCUGUCAUAAUAUAUCAACAAUAAAUGGAGGAGGAAUAGUCAAAUCUAACUAAUAUCACUCUGAAACAUCUUGAUAAAUAUCAGUAUGACAAUUUACAAAAGAAGGAGAAGGGAUAAAUUUUGAAACAAUAAUAAAAAUUAAUAGAUACUAUUUCAACCAAAGGGAGAUUAGCAAUCACAGUCAAAUUGCCGUAUUUCUAGAUUUCAGGAAUUCAUAUGUUGUAUCAUGCCAAAUUUGGUCCUUUUCAAGUCGACAAUAUUCAAUUAUGUGACAAUUUCGGAAAUACAAACGGAUACUUAUUAAUUGAUCAGAUCAAAAAUGUAUUUUAUAUAUACUGCCAAUAAAUGAUCGUAAAUGAAUUGCCCUUUAAAGUAUACAGUUAUGGUAUGACAGAUAUAAAAAAGGGUAGUCCAACUCUAAUAGCUGGUUAGCAUACAAAAGAAUUUGAAUAAAAUGAGUUGCAAGAUACUCAUAACAUUACACUAUUCAAUGACUAGUAAUACCUAUCGUUUUCCAUCAGUGAGAGAUCUGUUCAACUUUCGGAAACUCUAAACUUGAAUUAUACAGGAAAUCAAACAGUUCGGAUAUAAAAUAGCUAAAAUUAAAUUAUGGAGGUGGGCUAUAAUAUUUCGUUAAUGUGUGUGGACAAACAAAAGCCUUUAGUAACUAAGGUAUUAACUAUUUCCCCAAGGUUUAUAAUAGUUAAUCAAACUUAAAAAACUAUUCAUGUGUUGCAGGAAUCAAUUCAUCAAUAUUUAGAGAUCAACUCAAUGGAUAGAAAACCUUUAGUUUGGUAUUCAUUGCGCUAUUAAUAUAUCUCAAUUCAUUAUCUAGAUGAUAAUAUAGAAUGGAAACCUACUAACCCAAUUGAUCCAAAUGGAAAUGGGUUCUAAUGUUUUACUAUGAGAGCUGUUAAUAAUUAAUAAAUAACCAAACAUUUCAAUUGUAUAACAAAAAUAGACAAUCAAAUAGUUUACCUGAUUAUUUUAGAAUGCAAAUCAAUAGAUCCAUUAAGUUCAAUGAUUGGUUAAACAUAAAUAAACUCUAUUCAUCAAUAAUAAUAAUCAUAAAUCAACAACAUAAAUUAGGUGGAUCCUCCUUAUGUAAUAGUUAAUAAUUUGGAAUUAGUGACAUUGAUUUGUUAUCAAUAUUGUUGUUCAGAUGAGAAGUAUAGUCAUCGCUAUUAAUUCAAUGAAUACAAGUUGUAUAUAAAUAAUAAUUAGCAAUGUGCCUUUUCAUGGGAAUAUCCUUGCGAAAGAAGGGAGUUAGCAAUACACCUCUAAUUUGAAGGAGAUUUAAGCACUCAUUAUAGAUUAAAUCCAAUAUAUAUCAAUCUUGAAGAAGCAGAGGCAGUUCAAGAGUAUAUAAUUUCAAGUUUAAUAAGUGAAUAACAACAGUACAAAUUUUAUAUCAUUUCACUUUGGGAAGGUGCUAGUAGGAAAUUAAAGUUCUAAUAAAAGGUGUAGGACUAAUAAAAUUAACAUGACACUAACAUUCUAAAAUUCGAUGUCAAUUUAAAUCAAGUAGGCAUUUCCUUGAUAGAUUAAUGUUACACUAAAAGAGUAGAGUUGAUUUUCAUAUAUUUCGAAGGACUUGAAUUCAAUUUAUUAUAAACAACGCAGAGUAAGAGGUCUGAAUUCAGAGUGAAAUACAUCAACAUUGAUAAUAAUACAUCCAGUAAGACUAUGUUCCCUGUUAUUUUUACUCCUACUGCCUAAAAAGAGAUCUUUGAGUUUAAUAAGCCUCAUCUGUCAUUGGUACUUGAACAAUCCACCUAAGUCAAAUCGAUUUCAUUAAUUAAAAACUUUACUGCUUGUUUACAACCUACUACAAUAAGAUUGACAUCUGAGAUGCUCGAAAUACUCUAUUCUGUUUAUAAAUAGAUUACAUUAUCGUUCAUUUCCAAUAGGCAAAGUGAAGAGUAAUUGAAAUAGUUUGACUUUGAAUUUGCGAUCAGCCAAGAUGAAUAGCAGAUAUUCCAAUAAGCAAAUAGUUUAACAUUAUCAAAUAAGGUUUAGAGUAAAUAUGGAGUAGGAUCCUUUGGACAAUAGAACUUAAUAGAAUGGCAGGAGUUAGAGAUCCAGUUGAAUGAUCAAUAAGCAACAUAUAUUAACAAGAUUGAGAUAUCUCCUUUGAACUUUAACUUGACCUUCUACAGUAGUGCGAAGACGAAUUUACAUUAUAAUAUGCUGAUGCAAAUUUUUAAGACUAUAGGUAUUGUUAUAGGCAAUAUUGAUGAUGCUCCACUGAUAUUGGGGGGUAUAUUUUUGGAGAAUUCGUUUGAUACAUCCAAUGCCAUUCUUAAUAAAUUAACUACUCAUUAUAAAGAUAUGCUCUUUAAUUUGAUCCUGAAAUUAAUAGGUUCCAUCGAAUUCUUUGGCAAUCCUGUUGGAUUGGUAAAGCAUUUAGCAAAAGGAGUUUAUGAUCUAUUUGAUAAGCCACUUGAAGGGUUCAUUAAGGGGCCAGUUGAAGGUAGCAUAGGUAUAGUGAGAGGGGCAGGCAGUUUAGUAUAGAAUACAGUAAGCGGAGUAUCAAAUUCAACGAGCAAGAUUGCUGGUAGUAUUAGUGGUAGUCUGGCAUAUAUCAGUUUAGAUAAACAGUAUAAACAGUAGAGAGAAUAAAUUAGAGUUGUGAAGCCUAAUUAAAUUAUAUCUGGGAUUUAUUUAGGAGGGAGAUUGUUGUAUAUAUCAUUGAACAGAGCCUUUGUUGGAGUGUUCGAUAUCCCUGUUACUUAAGCAAGGAGAAAAGGGAUUAAAGGAUUGACUAUUGGGGUUCUUGAAGGGACAGCUGGAUUCUUUAUUAAGCCAUUUGCAGGAGUGUUUGAUUUUGUGAGUAAAACAACUGAUGGUUUAAAAGCAACUGCUCAAUAUUGGAAUGACAAGGCUAAUGAUAAGAGGACCAGAGACAUCCGGGUAAUAUAUUAGAAAGAAUAACUAUAUAAAAACUAUAAUGCUAGGGAUGCUGAGAUCAUGCAAUUCUUAGUCAAUAUCAAUAAUAAAUUAGAAGAUUAUUAUUAUUAUGAUAGCUUUGAGUAUGAGUCUGGAGGUGCAUAAUUAGUGUUUGUUUUGAUGUACUAACAAUUCUUCAACUGUGACAGAAAGAAAAAGAGGUUCAUUUGGUAGAUUGAUCCAAGCAGUGUUUAAGAUAUUAAGAAGAUAAAUGACGGUGUUUUGUUUUUGUUAAAGGAAUACAACGAGAAAUACAAAGCCAAACAGGUGCAAUUGCAUAUGACAUAGUAAAGGUAGAUGGAUUAGGUGAUAUUGAAAUCUUAAUGGCUCUUGAGCAAUAUUUGA